AUGUCGAGUUUAAAGAAAACAGAAUCAUACAAUGAAUCAAUUAGAUCUACCACAUCAACAUUGAACACCAUCAAAACUAAGUCUCAAAGUUUGUUGGAGAAGUUAAAGAGUACAAAGACAGGUACGAAGACAGGUACAAAGAAGAAUGUAGGAGAAAACGGUAUGAAUUCAGGUACACAAUCAGAAGCAAGAGCUACUUAUUUUGCAUUGAGAUAG